AUGAGUGCCCAAAAAGCUCCAAAGUGGUAUCCAUCUGAAGACGUGAAGGUCCCAAAGAAGACCAGAAAGACUUCUCGCCCACAAAAGUUGCGUGCCUCUCUAGUCCCAGGUACCGUCUUGAUCUUGUUGGCCGGUCGUUUCAGAGGUAAGAGAGUUGUCUACUUGAAGAGCUUGGAGGACAACACUUUGUUGGUCUCCGGUCCAUUCAAGGUCAACGGUGUCCCAUUGAGAAGAGUCAACGCUCGCUACGUCAUUGCCACAUCCACCAAGGUCGGUCUAGAAGGUGUCAACGUUGAGAAGUUCAACGUCGAAUACUUUGCCAGAGAGAAGUUGACCAAGCAGCAAAAGAAGGAGGCCAACCUCUUCCCAGAACAACAAAACAGGGAAGUCAAGGCCGAGCGUAUCGAAGACCAGAAGAACGUCGACAAGGCGCUUCUAGCUGAGAUCAAGAAGACCCCAUUGUUGAAACAAUACUUGGCUGCCUCUUUCUCCUUGAAGAACGGUGACAGACCACACUUGUUGAAGUUUUAG